CAUCUUUCAGAUGUAGUUAUGCUUUCGUUUCGUGCAGGGAGCGUUUCGGUUUGAUCUGUUGUCUUGCAAUGGCUCAGUGCAACUGCAUGACUUUACUAACGGAUUUCUGACCAACGUCACUAGCACUGACACUAGCUAUCAGGUGACUGUUCCGGAUAUUACGUGUGAAUGUUGCUACUUCCGACUUAUGCGAGAGGCUAAAGAGUGGACUGGUCCCAGGUCGUGGGGUAACCGGUACCUCUUCUGGAGCUGUGCAGCGGUGGAGAUCGUGAACAAAGCUGCUGCUACUGUUUGUAAUGGAACGUCGUGUUCUGGCCAUGGAAGAUGCAAAGCUGAUAAAUGUGAAUGUGAGGGUAUGUGGCAUGGCAAAUACUGUCAAUACAAAGAUGCUUGUCGAAGUGAUGCGGACUGUAAUCAACACGGCCAGUGCGUUGACUUGCAAAGCACUUCUCCACCUGCUCAUCAGUGUUUCUGUACGGCUGGCUGGCAUGGACCAACAUGCAACAAAAAAUCAAGUCUCUCCAGUGCCAUGUUCAAUGAGAAAGAUUAUCUUGGUUAUGUGAAAGCAAAAGAAAAUUUGGAGUAUUUCUAUAACUUUGACAAGAAUGCAAACGAGUUGGAGGUUGCAAUUAAAUAUACUGGUGGAGAGGAGUGGAUUGGCUUUGGAUUCAGGCCGUCAGGAAUGACUGGCAGUUGUAGAGCAAUAUCACCAGGCUUCUACCCAACUAGUGCAUCUCAGGUUGCACCUGAAGGAGAGGGGGAGAGUGAAUCUGAGGGAGAGAGUGAGUCUGAAUCAGAAGCUGAAAGUGAAGCUACAAGUAAACCAGAGAAGGAGACCGUGGCUGAAGGAGAGACUGAAGGAAAUGCAGAGGGAGAAGGUGAAACAAAUGCAGAAGGAGAAACAAACGCAGAAGGAGAAACAAAUGCAGAAGGAGAAACAAAUGCAGAAGGAGAGACUGGCACUGGCAGUCUUCAUGCCAUGGAUUGCACUGAUAUGGUUAUAGCCAAAGUGAACGGUAAUCUUCAUCGUAUAUUGGAUCACUACACUCGGGGACGGUCAACACCACAAGAAGACGAGUGGUACGGAGGGCAGCAAAGCAUCACAGCGGCUGUGGGAGAACAUGUUAAUGGAGUCACGUACAUAAGAUUUAGGAGAUCAGCCAGAACAAGUGAUAAAUUUGACCACAACAUCACUGAUUCUAUUGUGAAUAUGAUCUGGGCACAUGGUCAGGUUAAAGGGCAUUUCAAUCCAACCAUCCCUCCACCACCUCCAGGUGUUAGCUCUGCGUCUUUUAUCUCUGAUUUUUACCGGAUGAGAGAACUGAAGUACCAUGGUAGUGGGGGUCGUGGAUCGGCGAGAAUAAACCUAGUCAGUCCACCCACUCGUCCUACUACUCAAUGUGUCAUCCAAGUUUUUGACGGUAGAAAUGGCAUAAAUUAUCAGGCAAGUUGGGAACGAAGCCGCACUGACAGCACAAAAGUUGUGUUUGAGCUUCAAGGUACAGGUGGAACAAACUCAUGGAUUGGAAUUGGAUUUUCAGACGACCGUCUCAUGCCUGCGAGUGAUAUCAUCACUGCCAUAUUCAAGGACUCGACCUCAGUUAGGGUUGUUGACAGGUGGGCGAGUGCCAAGGUACAGCCUGCUAUUGAUGAUGAUCAGUCACAAGUUCAGGAUGUAUCUGGCAGUAUCGAGAAUGGAGUACUUCGUGUCCGCUUUACACGCACAGUCGGAACCACAGACUCGAUGGACUUGUCUCUUAGUCAGCCACGAUACAUGUUGUAUGCAUGGGGUCAGUUGGCAGCUAGUGGAGAUAUCUCAUAUCAUGAUGUCAACAAAGGCAUAUCAAAUGACAAAAUAUUGCUUACACAGUGUAGUGAGACUAAUCAGGCUACAGGCGGUGACAAUGACAAUGACAAAGACAGUUCAGGUUUGGAGAAAGAUGAAGUAUGGGGAAUUGCAGUGGCAUGUGUUGUCGUUGUACUGGCAGUUGUUCUAGCAGUUGCAUACUUCAUGUACAGCCGUCAUGGUUUCAAGUACUCUAAAGAGAGCUUCCGAUCAACCACUGAAUGAAAGGUCAGUUUCUGAGGAACUAAAGAUGAUGAUACUGAUAGCAAUGCUGCUUGUUCUUGUUGUCUGCUUUCUGUGCUUUUUUCUUGUAAGCUUCAGUCUAUUUUAUGUACCGUUAUGAAUUGAUGGUCUCAUUUUACUGUCUUCUUGCCUUAGCUAUGCUGUUGAAUAGAUGUACUUGAUAAAAUGG